UCACAUAUGGGGGAUGUUUAUCGACGUCAAUAAAACUAACACGUAGACUGACACGGAGGGAUUUAGCCGACAUAAUGUGCUUAAAUUGAUCAUAUUUGAAAAUAACACCAGAAGUCUGUCACUGAAAGACCAGCGAGCUCAUUUACUUGACUGACAGUGCGGAGAGCCAAUAGGAAGCCAGCACGACCCCCGCGGAGCUGUCCUUAAAAUCCCUCCACCGGGCUGUCGCGCAGCAGCAGAUAGCGGGUUCACACCUCUGCGCCAGACGGGAGCUGGAGCUCGGACGGACUUGAAGUGCAAGCAACAAACUUGGAGGACUUGUGUAUCUCACUGCCGGACGAAAGGACGCUAGAAAGAGCUGGUAUUAAACCAGUAACAAAUAAUACUAGACAGCACCAAGCAGCCGCAGGAGCCGGAGGGACACCUGCAAGUUGAGGAUUGUCUGUGUAGAAGAGGAAGACGACUGUCUCUACAAGAGGUAGCGACCUCUCACCAUGCAGCACUACGGGGUGAACGGCUACUCUCUGCACGCCAUGAACUCCCUCAGCGCCAUGUACAACCUGCACCAGCAGGCUGCGCAACAGGCGCAGCACGCACCCGACUACCGGCCGUCCGUGCACGCGCUCACAUUGGCAGAGAGACUGGCAGACAUCAUCCUGGAGGCUCGCUACGGCUCUCAGCACCGCAAACAGCGCCGCAGCCGCACGGCUUUCACCGCGCAGCAGCUGGAGGCGCUGGAGAAGACUUUCCAGAAGACCCACUACCCAGAUGUGGUGAUGAGGGAGCGGCUGGCCAUGUGCACCAACCUGCCAGAGGCCCGCGUGCAGGUUUGGUUCAAAAACCGCAGGGCCAAAUUCCGUAAGAAGCAGCGCAGUCUCCAGAAGGAGCAGCUUCAGAAGCAGAAGGAGGCUUCUGGGGAAGGAGGAAGCGAGAAGGAGGACGCGACUCCGUCCACAACAAUCCUUCCCGACACCCAGCUCCCUCCAUCUUCCUCCUCCCCCUCCUCUUCCUCUCUGGAGACAGACGGUCCUGUAGUCCAUCCUGUGCCGCUGGACGUGGAGCUGAACGUCACGUCAGCAGAACACUCCGGUAGCGAGUCGGCGACGGAGGACAACGCCACAGAUAAGGAGGACGAGAGUAAAUCUCAGAGAGAGGGGACAAAGUGUGAGAGACCAGUGACUCCUGAGGACUUUUCUCCAGGCUGCAAAAGACUCAGCCCUAAACCAGACUCUCCCCUGGUCUCCCCGUCACUGACGCCCUCCUCCUCUAGCAGUGGUCCUCUCUCCCAGAGCCAUUCUUAUUCUUCCUCCCCUCUCAGCUUGUUUCGUCUGCAGGAGCAGUUCCGCCAGCACAUGGCCGCCACCAACAACCUGGUGCACUACCCUGCCUUUGACCUCUCCGCCCCAUCUUCACUCCCCUACCUGGGAAUGAAUGUCAACAUGCCCCCCGCGCCGCUGGGCUCUCUGCCCUGCCAGUCCUACUACCAGUCCCUGUCCCAUCAUGCUCAGCAGGUGUGGAGCAGCCCGCUGCUGCAGGCGUCGGCUGCAGGCGGCCUCACCAGCCACAACAGCAAGACCACAAGCAUCGAGAACCUCCGCCUGAGGGCCAAGCAGCACGCCGCCUCGCUGGGACUGGACACAAUGUCCAACUGAGAAUCUGAUUGUACGGAUGACAAAACCCGGCCCAUACGGGCCACGUCAUCACCGCGUGUCCGUGACAGUUCUUCAGGAGUCGCAUAGUUACCCCCUCUCAAGCACGCGGGCGCAGGACACGCAGAGCUGUCCCAACAUAAAACAUCCCACUAUGCAUUGGACCUAUAACAUUUAACAGCUUUUUAAAGCAGGGCACAACGCUCAAACUGCUGGUUUGACUUCACUUAGCUUCAGUUUACAGCUCAAGGUCCAAAAGUAUGACCUCUGGAAAAGAGAAUACAAAAGAUAAAACAUUGCUAGAAUAACGAAAAGGAUCAAAUGAACUUCCCAACUCAGAGGAUGGUUAAAGUAUUCCUGACUCUUAUGAUGAUGUUUUCACAGACACACAGCAAUGCACCUUCAAAAAAGAUUUUGAAAAAAUGUCAACAAUAAUCUCUGAUUUACGCAGUGGAUGAUUGAUGCACUGGGUUUCAAAGACAAUGCUAAUGUGAAUAAAUGAGGCACUUGUGAAGGAAUUGGACUGGUUGUUCCGGAGAAAGAACGUAUGACUCCUGCAACAAAGAGACCCUUUGUGUCACGGGCCCCCUAAACCUUUCAAUUAAGCACCAUGGUUAUGUACAUAGCAUGUACUACAUAACAGCACAUAAAUAACAAAUAAACGUCAAGCCAUGUGGUCCUUAAUAGCAUAAUUAAAAGUGACUAAUUUACCAGUUUAAUGGCCAGUAAUAUAAAACAGUUUGUACAGAGGCUGGCUUGAUAAUGAGAAAAUGAUUUCAGUGACUAAAUUCUCUAAGCCUUUAAUUACAUUUUGCCCCGGGCUGAAGGAGCCGGCGCAAAUGAAAAUAUGAACAUGCAUACCAUUUAAGACCGAGGAAACAGCCAAUUAAGUUAGCAACACUAAUCACUUUACCACAAGUUAAACAAUUUUAUUUAAAAACAAAAUUUAAAAAAAGAAUUGGAAAAAUGUACUGAUCCAUAUUUUGUCAACGUUUAUUCUCGCCUUAAUAUUCUCAUGCAGCUUUCCCCCGAAAGUCGGACUGACUGAUAGCACUUGAGGAAGAUUACACACGUCUCUGACGUUUUCUGUUAAUGUGUUUUGGAAGCCGAGGUCUUCAUAUGAAAAAAUGCACAUUAUUUUAAUAUGUAAAAUAUAAAAAGUCUAUCUAUUAAUGUUUACUGGUAAUGUAAUUGUAAAGUUGUAUAAUUGAUAAUGGACUCUGUCUCAGAUAAAAUUCCUUUAGCUGUCAAAGUGUAAGAUUGUAUUCACUGAUCACACCGGCAACUCCGUACCUGUAUCCC